AUGAGUCUGGAAUUUUUCAUAAUAACCCGUGUAUAUCAAGAAAGAAAUGCAGUCGAAUGUUUGUACAACAUACGAUGUCUGUAUCCUACCAGUUUUUCAUCAAAUGCGCUGUACACUUUAUCUAAACGAACUUGGAAUAUGUGUCGUGCCAAAUCACUAUUCUUUACCCAACAAAAUGUACAUUCACAAGAACCUAAUAAUUGGGUGAAUGGAAAGAAAGAAAAUUUGAAAAUUCUUGAAGAAACAAGUCUUGAUAUACUUUUUUCAUCUGAUCAAGAAGCUUCUGAAUGCAUGAAAGCAAUGGAAUUUUUCGUCGAAAAUGCCCACUCAAACGAUGGCAAACCAUAUUUAGUCUUAAUAAACCCUAAAAGUGGAUCAGGAAAUGCUCUAAAUGGUUUUAACUAUAAAAUUUCUCCCAUUUGGAAACAAAUGAAUGUUCCAUAUGAAUUAUUUUGUACAGAAUAUCCAGGUCAUGCAGAAAAUUUUAUCAUAAAUUUACCAAAAGCUAAUCUUUUACGUUACCGUGCAAUUGUUACGUGUUCAGGCGAUGGACUAGUGUAUGAAGUAAUUAACGGACUCAUUUCAAGAAAAGAUUAUGAUGACGUAAUUGAGGAGGAUACAAUACCUAUUGGUAUUCUACCAGGAGGCAGUGCUAAUUCAACUGCUGCUUCAAUUUGUUAUCAUUCUGGUUUAUUAGGCAAAUCAUCACUUUUAUCACACUGUGGUUUUCUGUUAACAUUACCAAUUGAAAAUAUUCAAAAUAAACAAUAUCAACAAGUUAAUGAACAAAAUGAAAAAUACAGUUGUACUCUACCAGUUUUACCGCGUAUCACUCCUGUGAGUUGCAUACACUUUGGAACAUGUGACACAAAUUUUCAUCGAUACGGUAUUCAAAGUAUUGAAUGGGGUUUCAUUGCUGAUUUAGACUACAAAAGUGAACGAUUUCGUUGGAUGGGUGAAAAAAGAUUUCUACUUUAUGCAUGUUACUACCUUAUGAAGAAACCAACAUAUCGUGCCAAAUUAUCAUACUUACCAAUUGACAAUGUACUAUAUCAAAAAAAUAAGUAUAAAAAUGAUGAACUGGUUCAAAAAUCUUCUGAAUCAUCAACAGAAUGUGAAAAUUCAAGUGAUUUAACAGAUAAAUUAAAUGAAUCCCCUAAACAGAUCAAAAAAUCGCAUCAAUCCUGGUCAUUUCUACCAGAAACUAAUCAACCUAUUUCUAAUCACCAAGACAAAUGGGUCACUUUAGACAAAAAGUUCGUUACAAUAUUAGUAUUAAAUCACUCUCAUAUAGCAUCUAGUGCUUUAAUGUAUCCAGAUGCUCAUAUGAGUGACCCAUAUUUAAAUUUAUUGAUUCUGCAUGAAAGCACAACAAGAUUUGAUUUACUAGCUUUGGGAAGUGCACUGUCAAGUGGUCAAGGCCUACAAUCAACAUCUAACAUGGAUAUUGUAAAAGUUUGUGCUCUACGAAUAGAACCAUAUUCCCAAGAUUCAGUCACCACAAUGUUAGACGGAGAGCUUGUGCCUUCAGGUACAUUUCAAGCAGAAGUACCAAGGUUGUGUGAACUCCAUAUAAUUUCAGAACUUUAUUUUAUUUAUAUGAAAUGA